GGAGCUCGGGCGGAGUUGUGGGAGGGGAGGAGGAAGCGGCGGAGGGGAGUGGGGGCCGGUCCCAGAAGAUGGCGGAGGCGGGGGAUUUCUGGUAGGUCCUAUUUUAGGACGAGAUGCAAUAUUGUUGAAACGCCAAUCUGCUUUGGUUCAGGCAGUUGGCUUUUCAGCUGAGAAGCCAUUUCUUCUUCCUCUUUUUUAAAUUUUUUUGCUGACUUACUGAACUUAUGAAACCAUGGCGGAAGGAGAGACACAGUCACCUGGGCCCAAAAAGUGUGGUCCUUAUAUCUCAUCUGUCACUAGCCGAAGUGUGAACUUGAUGAUUCGAGGAGUAGUGCUGUUUUUUAUUGGAGUAUUUCUUGCAUUAGUGUUAAAUUUACUUCAGAUUCAGAGAAAUGUGACGCUUUUUCCACCUGAUGUGAUUGCAAGCAUCUUUUCUUCAGCAUGGUGGGUACCGCCGUGCUGUGGCACAGCUUCAGCCGUGAUUGGGUUAUUAUACCCCUGCAUUGACAGGCAUCUAGGAGAACCACAUAAAUUUAAAAGAGAGUGGUCCAGUGUAAUGCGGUGUGUAGCCGUCUUUGUUGGUAUAAAUCAUGCCAGCGCUAAAGUGGAUUUUGAUAACAACAUACAGUUGUCUCUCACACUGGCUGCACUAUCCAUUGGACUGUGGUGGACUUUUGAUAGAUCUAGAAGUGGUUUUGGCCUUGGAAUAGGAAUUGCUUUCUUGGCAACUUUGGUCACUCAACUGCUAGUCUAUAACGGUGUUUAUCAAUAUACAUCUCCAGAUUUUCUCUAUGUUCGCUCUUGGUUACCGUGUAUAUUUUUUGCCGGAGGCAUAACAAUGGGAAACAUCGGUCGACAGCUGGCAAUGUAUGAAUGUAAAGUUAUCGCAGAAAAAUCUCAUCAAGAAUGAAGAAGGCAAAAACAUAUCUUUUGUACAGAAAAACAAGAUGAAAAGGGCGUGUAAAUGAUAGCUAUACCAACAAAACUUCGGACUAUAAAAUUGCCAGGAUGCAGUUUUCCCCUUAAUUGGUGUGUAUAUAUAUACACACAUAUACAUAUAUAUAUAUACACACAUACAUAUGUUACUGCAAUCUGUGAUUGCCUAAUCUGUAAAUCAAGUACAAACCUUUAUGUAUUUGACUUAAAUAACUGUAAAAUAUGUAUGCACUACAUUAAAAAACAUGUUGAUUAAUAGAUGAAAUUUUUAAAUUAAUUUUUUAGACAUACCAUAUAUUGUAUCACAAUGUUGAUGUGCCAAAAUAUUCAGUUAUCGUCAUGCAGAGUAUAAGAAUGCUUUGAACAAUUUAUGAACUUACUGAAAUAAAAUAUGAGGAAAGCCAAAAAAAAAAAAAAAAAGCAAAUGGAAAGCGGUAUAUUCUCUUUUGCUUACUGUUGUGCCUUUUUAUUUUUCUAAUAUAUAGCAGUACGAGUUAUAGGUGCCCUAAUGUGUGGUUAGUUUCUAUUUUAAGGUUGUCUCGGAGAGCUUUGGGUGUUUUAAUAUAUGAUGAAAAAGAACUUCCAGGGAACAUUUUCAUACCUUCAUUACUGGAGAGAGUCCAAAGAGUAAUUUUUUGUUUUAACAGAUUUUACUGGAGGUGAAACUCCCAGCAGGAGAGUUUAUCAGCAUUAAAUUGUUUUGAGUCUAAAUCUUUAAGAAUACAUAUAAUUAAAAGUAAGGACCAUUGAAAAAUUUAACUAGAGUAAAUAUGUUUUACAAAUACAAAAUGACCUUCUGGAGUGCCACAAAGUGUUAGUGAUAUUAACUGUCAUUUGCAGUACAGUAUUCCACUGCUUUUGCACAUGGAACGCAUAAGAAUUCCCGAACAGGUCAAAAUGAAGUUUCUAAUUGUCUUGGGUUCUAUAAUCUGUUGGGUUCUGUAAAGCGAACCAUUUGAGCUGGGCUGCUUCAUAUGAUUGAUUGUCAGUGGAUUGCAUCCGAGGAGUGGAUGGGCACAUAAUUUCUUAUGUAUCCAUGUGCCCAUUAGUGAACAGUUCAAGAAAGUAUUGUUUAAGAAUGUAUUGGGAUGGCAUAUUGUGCAUGUUAAAGAUCCUGGUAACAGUUUUGUGCAUAUUUUUCCAACAACUAGAGCCUUUUGAGUGUGAUUUAAACAUAGUCUUAGUUGACCUUUUCCCCCAGUUUUUAUUUUUGAAAUUGAUGGCAGUUGUCUGAUACACAAGGGUGAAAUCUGCUUACUCUGGAGGGGUGUGUGUGUGUGUGUGUGUGUGUGUGUGUGUAGGAUUGAGUGAGGGAGUGUGUGUGUGUGUAGGAUUGAGUGAGGGAGAGUGUGUGUGUGUGUGUGUGUAGGAUUGAGGGAGAGUGUGUGUGUGUAGGAUUGAGUGAGGGAGAGUGUGUGUGUGUGUGUGUAGGAUUGAGUGAGGGAGAGUGUGUGUGUGUGUGUGUAGGAUUGAGGGGUGUGUGUGUGUGUGUGUGUGUAGGAUUGAGUGAGGGAGUGUGUGUGUGUGUAGGAUUGAGUGAGGGAGAGUGUGUGUGUGUGUGUGUGUAGGAUUGAGGGAGAGUGUGUGUGUAGGAUUGAGUGAGGGAGAGUGUGUGUGUGUGUGUGUGUAGGAUUGAGUGAGGGAGAGUGUGUGUGUGUGUGUGUAGGAUUGAGUGAGGGAGAGUGUGUGUGUGUGUAGGAUUGAGUGAGGGAGUGUGUGUGUAGGAUUGAGUGAGGGAGAGUGUGUGUGUGUGUAGGAUUGAGUGAGGGAGAGUGUGUGUGUGUGUAGGAUUGAGUGAGGGAGAGUGUGUGUGUGUGUGUGUGGGAUUGAGUGAGGGAGAGUGUGUGUGUGUAGGAUUGAGUGAGGGAGAGUGUGUGUGUAGGAUUGAGUGAGGGAGAGUGUGUGUGUGUAGGAUUGAGUGAGGGAGAGUGUGUGUGUGUGUAGGAUUGAGUGAGGGAGAGUGUGUGUGUGUGUGCAUAGGAUUGAGUGAGGGAGAGUGUGUGUGUGUGUGUGUGUAGGAUUGAGUGAGGGAGAGUGUGUGUGUGUGUGUAGGAUUGAGUGAGGGAGAGUGUGUGUGUGUGUAGGAUUGAGUGAGGGAGAGUGUGUGUGUGUGUGUGUGUAGGAUUGAGUGAGGGAGAGUGUGUGUGUGUGUGUAGGAUUGAGUGAGGGAGAGUGUGUGUGUGUGUGCGUAGGAUUGAGUGAGGGAGAGUGUGUGUGUGUGUGUAGGAUUGAGUGAGGGAGAGUGUGUGUGUGUGUAGGAUUGAGUGAGGGAGUGUGUGUGUGUGUAGGAUUGAGUGAGGGAGAGUGUGUGUGUGUGUGCGUAGGAUUGAGUGAGGGAGAGUGUGUGUGUGUGUGCGUAGGAUUGAGUGAGGGAGAGUGUGUGUGUGUAGGAUUGGGUGAGGGAGAGUGUGUGUGUGUGUGUGUAGGAUUGAGUGAGGGAGAGUGUGUGUGUGUGUAGGAUUGAGUGAGGGAGAGUGUGUGUGUGUGUAGGAUUGAGUGAGGGAGAGUGUGUGUGUGUGUGUGUAGGAUUGAGUGAGGGAGAGUGUGUGUGUGUGUGUGUAGGAUUGAGUGAGGGAGAGUGUGUGUGUGUGUGUAGGAUUGAGUGAGGGAGAGUGUGUGUGUGUGUGUGUGUGUGUAGGAUUGAGUGAGGGAGAGUGUGUGUGUGUGUAGGAUUGAGUGAGGGAGAGUGUGUGUGUGUGUGUGUGUAGGACUGAGUGAGGGAGAGUGUGUGUGUGUGUGUGUAUGUGUGUGUGUGUGCAUGUGCUCAUGCUCUCUUAAUAUGUCAACUAGAUAUUUUUCCAUUUUUGAUUUUAAAACCAUUUCUGUCAGACUGAGAUCUUGUAUGCCAAACUUUAAUCUGCUCUUAUGUUUUAAGGCUGAAAGUGUGAAAAUCCUAAGAGGAUUUCCUAUUGAAUAUACGUACACAAUCUUAACUAUAGUGGUGGUAAACAUACUACUGUAAUUUAUUAUUCUAUCUUCCAGAUAAUGUUAUUCACUUAGAA